AUGCUUUCAGCAUCAGAUGAAAGUAAAUUGAAACCAUGUUUGUCACGUAUCAUCGAGGCAAUUGGUCAAUGCAUUCGAAAGUUAAACAAAUCCAAAUCAACUCCAACAGCAAUCACAACCCAAUCACGACCAUCGAAUGACUCGGAUGAUGAUUUGGACUAUACGCAUGGUUCUCUCAAUCCAAAUAUUAAUAUGAUUACUCUGGACAAGGAUGAAAGAGAUCUACUGCACGAAUUAACAGAGGAUAUCGAAGUUCUUUUAGACGAAUGUUUUCCGUAUCUUACUGCAACAUGUUCAAACUCUUUGGCCGAUCAUUUACAUCGAUAUCAUUAUGAUCGAGGAAGUCAAAAGUUUUCUCGUCUUUUAACAAAAAAUAUGCUUCUCUCAAUGCAAAAAGAUUUAAAUGGACUUUUAGAAUCCAGUGCGGCUUUUUCCGCUGCUGCAAAUGGUCAAUUGGCUGUUGUGAAAAAAUUCAUAGAAGAGUAUCCAUCAUUUAAGAACAAAUCUGUUAUGGGGGGAACGACACUACUGUAUAUAGCUGCUUUAAACAACCAAUUAGAUAUCGUCAAAUAUCUAGUAGAUAAAGCUCAUUGUGGAGUAAACGCUCAAAACUGGCGCGAUACGGAUACUGAUGAAUCAUCGCCAGGAAACAAUAAACAUAAUCCAAUUCCAGGGUCAACUGCUCUUCAUGGUGCGUGUGCGAGUGGUCAUUUGCCGGUCGUCAAGUAUCUUGUCGAAGAAAGACAUGCUGAUUGUUUUAUCAAAAACCAAGCGGAAAAAACACCUGUUGAAUAUGGAGAACAUCAUUCGGAUAUAAAAAUUUUUUUUCAAGAUUAUUUAUUAACAAAUUAUUCCGAUGCAUCCACUGAUCUACCAAGUAAAGCGACUACUAAUGAAAGUCGACCAAAGCAAGAUUGUAUUUGGGAAUAUAAACCAUUGCAAGAACUGAUAUGGCAGAAAUGUUCCAAUGAUGAAGCUCAAGCACUAAACCAAGCGAUGCUGUCAAUAGACAAAUUUCAAGUUAAAAUUCCAUUAAAAACACGUCAAGGUUCGUUUAAUAUUUCCCUAGUACAAUUUCUUCGCUCAGAUGCGGACGAGAAAAAUCAAGCCUGGCUUCGUUGUCGAGGUUCGAGUGUACUCAGUUUCGAUAUUCAACCAUUGUGGCAGCUAAUGUUCAUGCGAUAUCCUGAAGCAAGCUCAAAAACAACAUCGUUAUUGACCGUCUACCAUCUGGAUACCGCUUUCAAUAGUAAUUUUACUAUCGAACUGAAUCAAUGGUAUACAUGUGAUGCACGAACAAAUUCACGAUUGAACUUAGCAAUGAAUUCUCGUCGAAAAGUUAUGCCAGUCAAUAUUCAUCUGGGAAUGAAUGAUGAAUCUGUGGUUUGUAAUUUACAUGAAUUUACAUUUGCUACUGAUAAUAAAACCGUGGUGGGAUACUUACGAUGGGUACCCAAAUUAAUCUUAAAUGAUGAACGAAACAAAAAUAAUUUCAAAGAAAUCGACAAUUUUCAGUCAAUGGGCGAUGUGGAAACUGCUCCACUUACUACAGAUCGUAUGUCUGAUGCCCGGUCCCGUGAAGAUGAAGGACUUACAACUAUGGAAGAUGAUAUGGGUAGUCACUAUGAUGAAAGUGACGAUGAUGAUGAGAACCGGAAAAAAAAGAAAAAGAAGCUUUCGACCAGCACCAAAGGUGUAUGGAGUGUGAAAGAUAUCGCAAAUGGAGACAAAUCUGACACUUCACAAACGGUCGAAAAGGAUAAAGAUACUCCUCCAUCAGAAUUCGUUCCACCAGCAAAAUUCAAGCAUCUUGAACCGUCCGAAGACGAAAAGCAAAAGUUAAAAGAAUUAAUUCAACGUAUUAAGGAAUUACAAAAAGAAGUCGACCAACAACAAGAAUAUGAAAGAAAUCUAAAAGAACUAGAGAAAAAAAUUACAACAGAAACUGAAUAUGCUACUAAACCUCCGGAAGCAAUGGAAACCUAUUUACUCCCCAAAGGUCAACUAAUCGUUAAAUAUUUAAACGAAAAACAAAAACUUCCUGAUUAUUACAUCGACAAAAUCCCGCGACUCUUUUUUAAUGAAGAUGAUUUUAAUUACACUGCAAGUUUAACUGGUCUUCCUACACAUCAUCAUGAAUUCGAAUCAUUAUUAAAAAGAAUUUCUCAUUUAGCAUAUGAAACACAAUGUACAAAAUAUAAUUACAAACAAGAAGUAAGCAAAUUAACCGAUUCAGUUGUUACUAUCAUGACUAAACGUGUUCGAUCAUCCCAAACAUGGAAUCAAUACGUGAAAUAUUUCAUGAAUAUUUUAAAAGAAAAAAAAGAAAAACAUCUGGAACAGUUCGAUGAAUAUAUCAAGUCGAAGUCGAAAUUACUCACUGAUCAGGCGAUUAACGAUGCCAAAUUUGAAUCGGCAAAAGACCUCGAGAAUCACAAGGAAAAUUACAAAAAAUCGAAAUCAUUUGAACAUGUUUUAGAGAAAAUGAAAGUUGAUGCAUUGGAUGAAUUUAUUAAAGAAGAAAUUGUUCUUCCACGACAACAGUUGGAAAGAAAACCAACGAAAGAAUCAAUUAAAGUUUUGAAUGACUUCAUCGAUGAAAAGAAAGAAGAAGUAAAAACCGAGCAAAGUUAUAAAGGUCUAGAAGUUGAGCAAUUCAAACAAUUAGCAAAACUAUUACGUACUCUCAAACUCUAUUAUAAUUGUUUUCAAUUACAAUUACCACUGUUUGAAUCAGCACCAGAUUUAAUCGAGAAAAUUCGUCAAAAUACAGUUACUACUAUAUCCACAUCGACUGGAUCUGGUAAAUCAACUCUCUUACCAGCUUUACUAAUUGCUGAAGGUUAUGAUAAAGUAAUGGUGACUCAACCCCGACGCUUACCUUGCACAGCGAUUUGUGAACGAGUCAAUAGUACCAUGACAUCCAAUGAAGAAGUAGAAUGUAUAGCUGGCUGGUCUGUCAGUGGUGCUGAAAGCGAUGUUGAAUCUCCGAUUUUAUAUUUAACUGAUGGUCUCUUAAGAGAACAACUCUUACAUGAUGAAAGUUUGAUAACGGAACAAACCAAAUUGAAUAAAUCGGUGGUCUUCUUUCUCGAUGAAGUCCACGAGCGUUCAAUUAAUAUUGAUCUUUGUCUUGGACUAUUGGCUCGUUUGUUGAUUAAAAAACCUCAUCUACAAUCGAAAAUGAAACUCGUUAUUUCUUCAGCAACAUUAGACACAUCAGUACCAACAUUAUUUCGUGGAAUUAAACAAGUAAAAUUCGCAGAAUUUACAAUGCCAAAACUCGGUACACUCUAUCCGAUCAAAAAGCAUGAACGACCUAACGAUAAUAUCAUCGCCUUAGUGCAAGAAUUGAAUAAGAAACGACAACGAAAUGAGCAAAUCCUGUGUUUCGUUAGUUCCGUUGCUGAUGUACAUCUUGGAUGUCGUCUAUUACAAGAAGUGAGCUCUGGUUCAAUUAUCGCUUAUCCACUUGUCCAAUCCCAAUCAGCUACUGAACAACAAACAUUUAUCGAACAGGGUAGUAUCUUUUUUUCUACUACUGUCGCUGAAACAUCAUUGACCUUUCCUCAUCUACGAUAUGUCAUUGAUACUGGUAUGAUUAAUACACCGAUAUAUGAUUUCAAAAAGGAACAUACCGUCUUGGAACAAAUUCGAGCUGCAGAAUCUACGAUUAAACAACGGCUAGGACGUUUAGGACGAACACAACCCGGUGAUUAUUACUCAUUGUACGAUUUCAAAGUCGAAGAAAAGAAAUUCCCUAUACCACAAAUCUGUCAAUCGGAAUUGACCAAUAUUGAACUAUCAUUAAGAAAAUCACCAGCACAAGAGGGUCUUAAUCAAUUCAAACAAUACUUACCAGAUAAGCCUUCACAAGAAGCAAUUGAUGCAGCUUUGAAGAAACUAAGACGAUUCGGUGUGAUUACUCCUCCACCGAAUGAGCGUUUUACUAAAGAUGGUGAAGGCAUCGCGAAGUUACCCGACUUCGAUUCGGUAGAAAUAUCUAAAGCCAUUUACUAUGCUCUUACACGAUACCGAUGUGGUCGAGAUCUAAUCGCUCUUUCAUCAGUGUUGGGUGUUUUGAAUACAUCAGCCAUGCUCACUUCUUUACCAAAUCGAUUGAAAUCUGAAGAUGGUGAUUUCAUGAGCCUGUUGAAUGUGAUGAAUGAAGUUUUAAAUGCAAAAGAGUCUAUGCCUGCUCAUCAGUUCAAACUACGUCAAUUUUGUCAUCAAAAAGGUUUGCAAGCUGUUCAUCAUACUUUAAAUCAAGCAUGCCGACGUUACGAUACGUUGCAAAAAACUUUCAAUCUCUCCAAAGACUACCGAUCUCAAGCACAAGUUCAAAGUGGCAACUGGGAAUUAAUUGCCAAAGCCCUUUUAAAGGGUUAUUCCGAUCAUGUUUUUGUUUCUCUCAAGGAACUCCAAGGUCGAACACGUCGAUUCACUCGUUAUCAGUCGUCGAAAUCUGACAUUGAUGUCGCAGUCUUAGAUAGACAAUCGAUAUUGAAUCGUUCAAUUAAUUCAUCGCCAGUUUCUCUAAUUGUUUCUCGCGAUGUUCGAUACGCAACGUCGAUACGAGCCUUAGCUGUUUUAUCCUUUGUCGGGGAAAUCAAACCAGCAUGGAUCGAAUAUGAAGUAGAACGAAAAAUUCCUUUGAAUGAUAUAGAAGAAGAAAAAUUAGACAAAGACAAAAUAUUAUCCGAAGCCAAACAAAAAUUCCCGAAUGUACAAAUUCAGGUCAACCAUGAUAUAUUAUCUAUUAACGGGUCAUCGGGAUCUGUUCUCAGUGCGGAACUGUUUAUCUUACAGAAGUUAGUAGAAGAUAUGAAAAUUUCUUCGUCUCAAAUUGCUCGCGGUAGUGAUGAAUAUGGAACAUUACAACGAAAUUUAGAUGGUCUGAUGAAAAUGCUUUACGUAUUUAAUCCAAUGAAAUGGCGUUGGGAGAAUGAAGAACAAGUUAAAAUAAAUAUGGAACAGUGUCCAUCAGCAGAAUUGGAAAUUACCAUCAAAGGACGAAAUUCCAAAAAUCGAUUAGUACAAAAGGAAUUUCUCACAACACUUAAUUGGCUUCAAAAUUGUCUAGUUAUUCGAACACCAAACUCUGGUUUGCCUCCAAGAUUACUAAUCCCUCAAGUUCGUCAUAAGUAUCUUGACGUUGAAGAACGAAUUUCUCAUGUUACAGACAGUAAACGUACGUCAAUUGAUCUUUGGAAUGCACUGAAAGGACCAAAAGCAACUCGUGAAACUCGAAUGGAAGCGGUCGCUUGGAUUGCUAUCUGUCGGUUUGGUUGUAGAUUGGAAGGUGGUUUCGUUCGCGAUUGGAUUGUCGGACACUAUACCAAUAGACCAUUAGGAAAGCAUGCUGAUCCAUCCACUUGGGUUACUUAUAGCGAGAACACCGCCAAAGUUAAAAUGCCAGCUAUACACAAAGAAGUGAUUCCAGCCGAUUUGGACUGUCAUUUAUCUGUAUUUAAAUACUUCGAUAUCGAUAAAUUUCUUGAUUUCUUAUACAAGUAUGAAAUUGAAUGUCGAGUAUUUCGUGAACCAUGGCGAUAUGUUUUACUCUUAGAUGAAAAGACGAAAACUGGUCCAUUUACGAUGGAUUUAAUUGAGCCACAUGUUGCAUUAACUCAUGAUCGAAUCGAUUUCGAUGUUAGUAACCUAUCAAUAGAAAAGGAUUAUGCCAAAGAACUUGGUAUGCGAGUCGAUACUGAACAAGCACCAUACAAUCUCGAUUUGGAAACGAUUGUCGCCCGUAUUCGCCAGAAGAAACUACAAGUUUUACGUCCAGCUGAUGAACUCUUACAACAACGACUCGAUAAAAUGGUUAAUACUCGUGGUUGGCAGGUGAUCAAUCCGCCUAUGUAUGUCAUCCCCCGACCACCAGGAAAACAUCGAGUAGUUCUUGCUCCAUUACUGCCUUCUUUUGAUCUCUACAAGAAUAUUGCGAAACGAAUGCAAGAAUCCAUUCCUAAUUGUGUCGUCCUUAAGAUUGAACAACUAAGAAACCCUGGAUUAGAAGAUCUUUAUCUUGGAAUGAAGAAACUGAUUCAAUAUCAAUGUAAAGAUGGAAAAAUCAAUGAACGAGAAUUAUUUCAUGGAACAAAAGGAGCAGCUAUUGAUGGCAUUAGAGAUUAUGGCUACGAUGAUCGAUAUUCUGGAGCAACAACUAACCAUGGUGGUGACUGGGGUCAUGGGUUAUACUUUGCGGACAAUCCAGGUGCUCACGUUCAUUGGCACACAGCACAAAAUGAAAAAGAUCAGACUCGUGUUAUAUUUUGUAAUAAAGUCCUGCUUGGAAAAAUCUACGAAAUGAAGGAGAUAAAACCGGAUCUGACGGCAGCACCAGUCAGUUAUCAUUCUGUCCAUGGUACACAUCCUGGUCGCCCAAAUGACGAUGAAUAUAUUGUUUAUCGUUAUGGACAAGCAUUACCAUACUUAAAAAUAAUCUAUAAAGUUUAA